GAUACGCUCAUCUGUAUUUUUUGAUACAUGCAUGGCUCAUCUAAAAAUUGUCGACCUCAAACAUUUUGCCAAUAAAUUUUGAAGUUUCGGAAAAUUUUUUGUUAUCUAUUGCCUGUGUUUCGAUCUAAACUUUUGAUGAUAAAUUAGUUCACAAUCGAACGAAUAAAAACAAACUGUUCAUCAUCAACAUCAAAAGUUAUUAUCAAUUCUGUCUGUAUAAUUAAUUUGUGUGACCAAUAAUAACGAAAUGGAAAAUUUUCGUGAUCGAUAUAACAUUGAUAGAUUGAAAUCACUAUAUAAUGAAUAUAGCUUUAAGCCGAUUCCGACUAGAGUAACUUUCAUAGAUGAUAAUUCAUCAUUUGAAUCGGAUCCAAAUUUUCGUCCGCAAACAUUGAAAAUUUCUUAUCAAUUUCGUGAUACGUAUCAAGUGAAAACAUCUUGUUACAAUAAAAUUUAUUGUUGGGAUCAAUCAUCUGGUACCUAUAAAAAUAAAGGAUUGCCGGAAGAACAAUCAGAUGUUUCUCUUCAAGCAACAAGCCUAGAUGGAAAACGAACUGUUUAUCUUAAAUCAAAAUCCGAUUCAAAAAGUUCUAAAUCAGAACAAUUUAUUGUCAUCUAUGAUAAAACUGGUGUAUGCACAACUAUCGAUGUUAAAUCUUUAAAUGAUGAAUUGCAAAUAAUUGAAAAUCUUCAUAUGUCUAGUUUUGUAUUGAAUGAAGAUGGCAAUUAUUUGUUAUGUUUAGCUGAGAUUCAGGACAAAUCAAACAAAGAUGAAAGUCCAUCUGUUUCUAAGGAAUACAAUAUUAAUAGCCAUGAAUACAAACAAUCUUGGGGUGAAAAAUUCAGCACAAUUUAUCAUACUUCAAUUGCUUUAAUCGAUCUGCAGAAAUCGAAAUGUAUCUUAUUGGAUAAAGUUGGCGUUUCAUUGUGUCAGCCAUUCUUUUUUAAAUCCGGUGAUUCAUCAAUUCUUUCAAUUGGAUGUAUUGGAUUCAAAGAAGUGCCCUAUAAAUUGGGAUUGAUCUAUUGUACCAAUCGUGUAAGCUAUUUGUUUGGUGCAAAAGUUGUUCGUGAUCCUUUUGGUUCUACAAAUGUCGAACCUGAAAUCUACUAUGGUGAUUCUGCUGAUCUAUCGAUUCGUUCACCUCGAGUCUAUUAUUCAAAUGGAUACGAUAAUAAGAUUGUUUUUCUUGAAAGUAAUGCCGGAGGAGCUCAUGAUAAAGCCGCACGAUUGCAAUACUUUGAUGUAGAAACUAGAAAAAUUCGGACAAUCAUUGAUGACAAAAUCAAACGAGAAGUAAUCAAAAAAGAAGAUGGCACUGUCAGCUAUUCGGAUAUUGGACCCAUUUUUUCUUCUGGAUUGCCGAAAAAUUGUUUCACAAAAGAUGGAAAAUACAUCUUGUUUGACUCUGAAACACCAUUUUACAGAAAAAGCUUUGCUGUCAAAAUGGAAGACCACUCAGUUCAGAUGUUAGAUUUUGCUGAUUCUACUCAAAUUAUUGAUGUUAACCAUGAUUGGGUUUGUGCUAUUGGAUCAUCAAUCAACCAGCUACCUUUGGUUUAUCUGGGAAAAUUUUCUGAAUCCAAUACUAAAAUGCAAAUCGUAGACGAUCGACAAGUCCGAAUCCUUGAAACAAUAAGUUUUGGAAUGUUUAUGCUUCCCUCCAAACAUUAUGAAAAUAAAUACAUUACAGCAAUAUGGACAUCUCCCAAAGAAAUGGUGAAUAAAUCUGGCCCAAUUGUGAUUAUACCACACGGUGGACCACAUUCGCAUUAUGCCUGCACUUAUCUUCAAUCUGUAGCACUUUAUAAUGAGCUUGGCCUCAAAACUUGUCUAGUUAAUUAUGUUGGCUCUACUGGUAUUGAUCAAGAAUAUGUGGAAGCACUUCUAGGAAAUGUUGGUACUAGCGAUGUUCAAGAUCUUCUCGAUGUUAUUCAAUAUAUGAUCACCAAUCAUCAUGCCGACAAAGAUCGAAUCAUUUUAAAUGGUGGGUCUCAUGGUGGAUUUUUAGUCACAAAUAUCUCUGGUCAACAUCCCGAAAUGAAUUUCUUAGCUUGUAUUGCUCGAAAUCCUGUUAUCGAUAUUUCAAUAAUGGUUGGCAUUACAGACAUUCCAGAUUGGAAUGUCGUCGAAGCGUUGGGUGUAAAAGAAUUUCGAUCAUUAAGUGAAAUAUAUCCUCGUAAUGUAGAUGAAAUGUCCCAAAUGUACAGUAAAUCGCCUUUGGCACACAUUGCCAAAGUUAAAGUGCCUACCCUAUUGUUGUUAGGGAAAGAAGAUCUACGGGUGCCUUUUCCUCCCGGAUUGCUAUAUCAUCGUUACUUAAAGCCCGCGGAAUUGAAACUCGUUGCUUGGUAUAUGAUGAUGUGCAUUAUUUUUGCACUUAUAUUGAACAUUUGUUUCAUCAGCUCUUUUGGAGCCGGUGAAGAAUAUGCUCCAAUCGUUGAUAUUCGUCAUGGUAAAAUUCGUGGAAUUGUCCGAACAAUUGGCGAUAAAAAAGUUUAUCUUUACCAAGGGUUUCGCUUCGGUGAGGCCAAACGUUUUGAGAAACCUACCAUGGUAACAUCAUGGCCUGGCGACAUUUACAAUGCAACAAAAGUAGGCAAUUCAUGCGUACAAUUUAUGAAUCAAUUUGUACUAGAAAACGUAACAAAUGAAAGUGAAGAUUGCUUUUUCUUAAAUGUUUAUAAACCGGUCACAAAUAAUGGGAAAUUAUUGCCAGUAAUGGUAUGGAUUUAUGGUGGUGGUUUUCAAGGUGGUUCCAUAUUUCUUUCAUUUUAUGAUAGCACUUAUUUAGCAUCUUAUGGUGAAGUUAUUGUUGUUGCCAUAAACUAUCGUAUUGGACCAUUUGGAUUUUUAUAUGGCGAUAAUGAACAUACUCCAGGGAAUCUUGGUUUUCACGAUCAAUUGCUUGGAUUGAAAUGGGUUCAAGAAAAUAUCGAAAAUUUUGGUGGUGAUCCUAAUAAAGUGACAAUUUUUGGCGAAUCUGCUGGAUCAAUGUCUGCGUCAGCAUUAGUUCAAUCGCCAAUAGCUAGAGGCUUAUUUCAUAGAGCUAUCAUGCAAUCCGGCUCCUUAUAUUUAUCCUAUCCAUUUUUACGUGAUAAUAAACAAAUGGCUCUAAGAAAAACGAAAAAACUUUGUGAAAAAUUGGAUUGUAAAAAUGAAAACAUUGAACAAGCAUUAGCUUGUUUGAAGACUAAAUCAACCGAAGAAAUAAAAAAUGCCGCAUUAGGUGAUGGAAAAGAAAUGAUGGCAAACGAAUUAUUUCAACCAAUCAUUGGUGAUGAUGUUUUACCCUAUGAUGUUGUUCAUUUCAAAAAGAAUUCUAAUCACGUAGACUUACUUUUCGGUGCAACUCAUGAUGAAGGAAGCAUGAUGGUCUUGAUAUAUUUUCCGGAAUUAAUGGAUGACAAAACGAUUCUUACAUUAAAACAAGUCCAUGAGAAAAUAUUGAGUAUGACCAGACAAAUGAAUAUGACAAAAUCAAAUGAAAUUAUUAAUUAUUACACAAACAAUUUGAAUGUUUCUAAUGUCAAUGAAGUUCGGAUAAUGUUCGGAAAUUUAUUUAGCGAUCUCUCCUUGUUGUGUCCAACAAUGUUAUUCGGCCAAAGAAUAGCUCGUAUGUCAGAUAUAAAAAACAAUUUUUACUCCUAUCGUUUAGACCGAAGGGGAAUAGCUGCUGUCAAAAUGGGAUGUUCUUUCGAAUGGAUGGGUGUAUGCCACGGAGCUGAUAUACCGUACGUGUUUCACAGUUCAUCUUUGAAAGAUUCUCCCGAAGAUGUCAAAUUAAGUAAUGAUAUGAUCAGAGCAUGGACAAAUUUUGCUAAAACUGGUCAUCCUGGAAAAAUCGGAUCAAUCGAAUGGCGACAAGUAUAUGAAAAUGGAGAAAAAUCAUCGGCAACAACUAUGCUAUUAAAUGUUGAAUAUAAAAUGGCUGAUGAUGUUUUCAAAGAUUCAUGUGAUGGACUUUGGGAAAAAAUAUUUGAAUUCUACAAUUAAUUAUUAGUCUUCCAGAUGGCAGGGCAAAUAUCAAAAAAAAAAAUCUGCUUCGAAUUCAUUAAAUUUCAUUGAAAAAAAAAUCUACGAAUUAUAAAAUGAUUAUAUGAUAUCUGAACCCGAAUGUAAUCAUUGCUUUAUUAUCAUAUAUUUUUUUCGAAUUUAUUUCCAAAAUUUAUUUGCAACGACAACAACAAAAAAAAAAAUGAGAUU